UCCUGAUUCAGACCGGAGCGCCACAAAGAUCCACAGGGGCCCAGCGUUGUCGUUGUCUCUCUGUCUCUGUCUUUGUUGUUGUUGUUGUCUCUCUUUGUUGUCUCUGCGGGGUCGAGUAGAGGCAGGCUUUUGCUUUAUUUAUAGAGGGCAGGCAGCCUUCCUAAUCAUGCAACCAAGGCAGCAGCAAGAAGAGAAAGACAGAGCACUUUUCCAAGACCAUCAAAACCAAUGCAUGAGAUCCAAGACCACUACAGGGCGAAAAAAUAUCAGAGGUGCACCAGCUGGCAUGACACCAGGUCGAGUCUACAUUUUUAGAUCGGAUUUAGUGAUGGUUAUAUAUUUUUGUGUAUGACUUUCGAAACACCAUCUUGCAGUUUCGGACUACUUUUUAAAGAUUUAAGAGAAAAUCGACAAGAAGCGGGAAGUGCUUAGGUUCUGAGAUCUUAAAAAAGAACAAGAAUACGAACAGCCUUGCAAUCUACGAAUGAGGAGCUCAUCGUGCUUGAUAGUAAAUCAAUAAAAUUGAACUUUUAUCAAAUUCAUUCCCCAAGUUCUUAGAGUAAGAAGAUCUUCUUUCCCCUAUAGCAUUCUAGUGCCUUGAAGAACAAGAUGACGAGCGAGAUGGCUUGGUCUCCUCAGCGCGUUGGGCUGCACAAAAGCGCAACAAAAACAAUGUCUACAACUCGCAGUAAGAGAAGCACUAGAAGCACUCGUGGCCGCUCUUCUCCAGAGGCACAAUCCACUUCCCGCGCGCCUAUGUUGGGCACAAAGACUCAUCUCUGGCUCCACUUGUUGCUCAGUCCACUUUCCGCACAUGUCGCGCACAGCGUACGUCUGCAGUCUAGUGCGUCGACUGCAGGACCUUUAGCCGGAGCUGGUGGUGGUGGUGCUGAUGGUUCCUCGGAAUGGAGAUGCAGUUACCUGGCUGGAGAAGUUUGGUUCCAGUUGGUUAAGGCUUGCUCGCGUAGUGUUUAAUCUCUCUACUAUUUAACAGAAGUAAUGUAUGAGGUUGAUCCUAAGGUAGGAUGCCCUGGGGGACGGAGGAGAGGUCUAGCCUAGAAUCUGAGUUCUUGCUCUGCGGCAAAAACUCUGACUACUGAACUCACAGGAUCGUAGGGACCGUUGGGCGACUUGGUUAGUGCUGAGUCCUCUUCAUUGACAGAUGUUGCUGAGUGGCCAUUGUUCUUCGGAACAGUGCAAUCGCUUAUCCGUCUUUUCAAGAGAAAGCGUUGCCUACUAUAACAUAAGUUGUCUGAUAAUCUUACUACUUUCUCGUAUGGGUACCAUUCCGUGCAUUAGUCACAGGCCAGGUAUCCGAAACCUUACCCUAUAAAAGUUGUCGAUGUAGAAGAAGAACAGCGCCAAGAUGAAUUCCAGCUUUGCUUUUACAUUUCUUGCUUCGGAUCUCUCGAGUCAAUUUCAACUGCGAAUAUACCUUGCCGUAUGAUUAACUUUACUACUGGCACUAUUGCCACUACUGCUACAACUACAACUAUCUAUGUAUUACGCUAAUUUCGAAGCUCCUUCUGGUUUUGAAGAGGUAACGGUGCGAGACUUUGCCAAGGCACUGGCUGCGAAGCUGAGCCCCCCUAAAAGUGCGGACUCGCUUAGACUUCAUUUUUUCCCUCCAUUUAUCACAAGUGGGACACCAUCUUCAACAGCUGACACCUCUGGCGCGCCUGAAGAUUUUGGCGCUCAUGAUGUUCCAAUACAGCGACCAAUUGCUGCUCCUAAUGCUGUUCCCUCGUCAUCGAUAUUGACGCUGUAUCCAGUCGUUGACGAGGUCGCGGGGACAAAGCUUGUAGAUCAGUGGAGAGCGCUUCAAGAUGCGGCCGCUGCCCAGGGACAAUCAUUUACACCUCCAACCUGCAGCUUUUCAGUCAUGGCCGAAGCGGCGGUGGGUGCAUUCAAGAGCUUCAAGGCGACCGAAAACAUCGUGGCGCGGGAGCUGAUUGAGCAGCUUCACGACGAAGAGCCGCUCAUAUUGGAGAUAUUGAAGGGAUGUCCGCGCGCGCUUCAGUUUGUGGAAGAGAAGCUGAAAGACGACCCUGAGUUCGUUCUUAAUGCGGUCGCAAGAGAUAGAGACGGCCAUGCCCUUCAGUAUGCGGCUGAACGGCUGAGAAAUAGCCGCGAUGUCGUCCGCGCGGCAGUCAAGCAAAAUGGGCUGGCUCUCCUAC